GGAAAAACAGAGUGAUGAAGGCACUGAGAGUGAGGAUGAAGAAGAUGAUUCAAGUGAUAGUGGAAGAAAAGCAGAGAAAUAUAUUAUGUUCAUGAGCAAACAUAGUAACAGUAUGCAAAAAAGCAUGAGGAAACAAGCUAAGGAGACUGCCAGACUAGUGGCAGAAAUGAAAAACAUUAAGCAAACUCAAAAAAAGCAGGAAGAUCUUUUAAAAGAAGUUCUACUUAUUGUCAAACAUAUGUCACAAGGCAGUGAUAAAGGUGAAGAUGAGGACACAAGAGAAAGAACAGAGAAAGUUGAAAAGAAUGAAAGUCCAGAAAAAGAAGAAAAUGUUAAUAAAAAAGAAGAUGAUGACAUGACUGGGCAAGAUUACGAGAAUGAUGAGGAACCUAGGCUAAAGGAUGAUGAUACUGCUGACAUUCAUGUGCAAGAGGAGACUGAGUACAUUGCUGCACAGACUGAGGAUGAUAUUUUACAUAUUGGGGAUGGUGGUGCAAAAAAUGAGGAUGCUGUUCUAGAUAAAGAUGUUGUAGAGACCGAGCACAAUGAAGAUGUAGUUUGUGACAUGCCUACGUUUAACAUAUUGAGUCAGUCUCAAGAGAUGGACAAAACUGCUGAAUCUUGUUGGGGGGUGGGGUCACAGGACAAUAGUCAAUUUGUCAAAGAGAUUUGCAAAACUGCAGAUGAAGUGGCGAAAAAGGCUUUUGAGAGCUAUUCUUCCAAUCCAUGUACAGCAAUCAUAGUGAAGCCUAAUCAGGAACAAGAGGAUCUUCCCAAACAAAAGCGUUUUGCUAGGUCACCAGUGAAGUACACUCCAUCUGAGCAUUCGCCAAAGAGGAGGAAGAGAGAAAAGGGUAAGAAAAGAGCUGACAAUGAAUUUUUGCCUCCACUGAAGGAAAUAGUUGGACCUUUCACAGAAGAUCCAACAGAGAGCCCACCAGAUCAUGAAAUAGAGAGGGUGAGAGCAUACCUCCAAGUUGGAUUGUUGAAGAAUUUUCAAAAAAACAAAAAUGGCAGAAGGUACAAAGUGAAAGAAGAAAAAUGG